AUUCUGGGAUGCGUAGUUUGUGACGGCAUGUGCGCCGGGUGACAGGGGUCCGUCUAGAUUCUACUUGUCAAGAGACAGUCCUUACAACCCAAAAAGUAAUGGGGAUAAGCGAAAAAGUGACAAGAUUUCAAAACCAAUCUGUACAUACAAUCAGGGAAGCAAUGAAGCUACUGGGUUCCCUGAAUUCAUGUAUCCCGGCCGUAAAAUGGACACAGUUCCACACUCGGAUCCUACAACAGUGGAUAUUAGGGUGUUGGAACAGAAGUCCGGAAUCACUAGAGGGGAAAAUUCAAAUCCCUUUGCUAGUGAUUCAGUCCCUGCAGUGGUGGAAACAGUCAGAGCAUCUGUUAAAAGGAGUUCCUUGGAAUCCCCAACAUCUGAUUGUUAUCACGACAGAUUCAAGACAGAUGGGGAGCGCAAUGUUCCCAUCUCUAUUCCCAAGGAAAAUGGUCCGACAGUCAGAAAUCUUUCUUCAAAUCAAAGGGAGUUGACGGCAGUCUGGGACGGCGGUGUUUGCUCAUCACAUACAAAGCAAAGACGUUCAGGUUCCAUCACCAUGGCACAGUUCAUCAUGAGGUUCAGACCUUUAUGUCAGCAGUUUUCAGUACAGUUGUGGAAAUCUAAAGUACCCUGCAGAACCUACUUUAUUCGAUCUGUGAUAUUUACUCGCCCUUCACAUGGAGAGGUUUCCAAGUUAUUGUCAUCUGCCAACAUCUACCAGCAGUUAGGACCCAGAACCUUAUUCUGUACAUCUUCACCCCUCAACAAAAACACUGAUGACUCUGCCAAGUUUACGUUGAUCUACAAGUUUCCAGCAAUAAGGUUCUGCAGGGUGGUCUCCAGGCUAAAGCUUGCGCAGACCACCUUAACUGUUUUGCUUCUUCCUCCGGUUUAUUAUUACUAUUUGCAAGGACAGAUCACACAGUUUUCUGUGGUUUAUUGCACUGCAACUGCUCUUUUUGCUGGCGUCAUGCUGUAUGGUCUUAGCUCUUUCCUGCGUAGAAUUAUUGGGAUGCUGUACGUGAAUGACAACCUAACAACGGUGAAGGUUUCCCACCUGACAUUUUGGGGAAACAGAAAAAAUAUUUUUGUGCCAAUUGAUGAUGUAAAGCAGCUUUCAGAAACCGGAGAUGGCAAGCAAGAAAUUCUCCGUCAGUUUGCAAGAUACAGCAAACCUGAUAUUCUGUAUUUCUCUACUCUGUAUGGUUAUGUCCUAGAUAGAGAGAAAUUCACUUUGGUUUUUGGAGAAUUAGAAUAACUCAAUUUUAAAGAACAGUUUCUGUCUGUUCAGUUUGUUUUUAGACUUUGUCCUAUUCUUGCACAGAAUUUUGAAUCUUAAAUAUACUAGUAAAAAAUAAAAUGGAGAUUCACUUUCUAGAGCGUCAGCACAUUUAUGGGUAGGUCCAUCUGGCCAGUUUAGGAAGCUAAAAUCAGAAGUGGAUUAUAAAAGGAGAGAAAAGGAUAAAGGACGAUACAACUUCUCUUUAUUGAAUUCAUUCCUAGUUUUGGCUUGGAAAACAGAAAGUGUGGCCGUACCCUAAUGUCUCCCACCACAUAAUACCUUUUAUGUAGUUCAAACAGGAUCCGAAUGACAUCUGAAAUCAAGGGGGAGACCCAGAGCCCACCCAGAACUGGGACCAUCCAAGGCACCAGUGCUAACCACUGAGCCACUCUGCUGUAGUACUUUAGGCUACAUGCACACUUGAAUUACUGUGGAAAACUUCUGCAGGGAAAUCUGCAGCGGUAAAUCCACUCCAAACUGUGCAGAUUUCACCUGUGGAGAACGGCGUGAGCGGCGAAAACACCCCACCUAGAUAACUCGCCUCCUUUGGCUCCUUUGCCUGGUCUCCUUCAAUGACGCCAGUUUGACCGCAGCAGUCUGUGACUAGCUGCAGUGGUAAAAGGGACGAGACGUAAUCACAGGAGGCUGGAUUGUACAGAGACGGACAUGGGACAGGGAAGCACUAGGGAAGGGAGCGUAGUGUUUUUUCUUUUAUUUAUUUAGGGCUUCUGCUCAGGUUCCACAUAAAAUCUGCAUCUAAAGUUCAUCUUGCAGGUUUUGUACAGAGAAGUAGCCUUCCCAUUGAAGUCUGUGGGGAAUUUCUGCAUAUCUGCAACAUAAAUUGACACGCUGCAGAUUUUACAGUAUGUACUGCAGGUCAAUUUGCACAUGGGAAUAUCCCACAAGGUAUACACAGGAUUUUGAAAGCGUCAUUGACUUUUGGCACUGCAGCUCCACACAAUGUGUACAUGCUACUUAUCCCGGAACCAGUCUGACAUAAAUUGACAACCAUGAUAAACUUACAAAUACAUUUUAUUUCUUACCGAUUAAGACAUAAAGCAGUUAAAUCCACAGAUUUCUGGACAAGAACACAAAGUGCAGCUAUUUGUAAGAUGUUUGGCACCGGUAGCGCGCUGUAAACGGCUCACUUGCUCCUCGUAAGCACCUAGUUUCUUCAGUCUUGUGUCGAGUGUAUGUUAACAUUUCUUACAUAUUUGGUGUAUAGGAAACCACGGACCAAGUGUAAAAACAAUAAAUGCAUUAAAAUGAUCUGAAAGUGUAGUAAUGACUUAUUUGAACAUUACACAUUCAUUACAAGCCUUAAACAUGCUACAUACAUAAUAAUCAUGGUCAACACAAUAACGUAUCCCAUUAAACACACAUCUGGCAGUUACUGGGAUUCUUAUACCAUUGCUGUAUCAAAAAGUUAUUGGUUUUGGAAAAUCUAGUGUAAAAGUAGUUUAGAUUUGCUAUUAAAGGGGCUUUCUGGAAGUUUUAUAUCUGAUUGGUGGGGGUCCAACGCCCGCCGAUCAGCUGUUUGAGAAGGUACCAGUGUUGGCAGCACUGUAGCCUUCUCUCAGCUUACCAAGCACAGCGCCGUACAUUGUAUGGUGGUUGGUGCUUGGUAUUGCAGCUGAGCCCCAUUCACUUCAAUGGGGCUGAGCUGCGCCUAGGCCAUGUGACCGACGAAGGUGAUGUCACAUUGCCUAGGCAAAGCUGUGAGGAGGCUGCGUCGCUACUAUGAGCAUCGCUGCCUUCUCAAACAGCUUAUAGACAGGGGUCCCUAGUGUCAGACACCCACCAGAUACUGAUCACCUAUCCAGAAGACAAGACAUCAGUGUAAAACGCCCGAAAAACCCCUCUAACUAAAUGGUGAGUUCAGGAAUGCUCCUAUAUGACUACUCAUGCAGCAAUCUCAUCCAUUUCCUAUAUAUCAAUGGUCCUGGCAGGAGUGAGAUGUAUGGCUUCACGCUGCAGAUCUUGCAAAGACAAAAUCAGACUUGCAAUUAAAUGCUGAUUUAUAACAUGUAAUUAUCAUCCCUGCAGUUUGGUUAUUCUGAAUGCUUAAAGGGUUUUUCCAGAUUUAGACUAUUGAUUGCCCAGGAGAACAAGGAUCCCUAUAUGACUGGAGUCAUGGUGACCACUACUGAAUUCACUGUCGGAGAUAGAGAGUUGAAGGUGCAGCGGUCACAUGUACACUACUUUAACAGUCCUCAGGGGACUCAGGAACCCUCAUUUUAUUUUGACCAGUGGAGGUGCCAGUGGUCAGACCCCCAGUGAGCAUAUAUAGGGAUAGGUGAUACCGUAAAUGUUAUUAAUGGGUAAAUUCCUCAGCUACCUACUUACCCAGCUUGGACACCUCCUGUUCACAUAAAUGGUCCCCGCAAUGUGCCGAGCAUAGCAGAACAGCAGUUAUGACCAGGGAAGUGGCUAGUGUUCUCUGCAUUACUGCAUGGUCCAUUUAUUCAAUGGCUGCUGUAUAAAGUUGCAAAGAUGGGACUGGUCUUCCAGCGGCAGAUUCAACCUUAGUAGCAGCUAUCUGCUUUGGCUAAUAAAAGGGUUACAAGCAGGGACGCCCUCUAUUACAUUCAUACAAAAGGGGUCAUCUCAAGAAGACCAUCUUGAUCUACCUUUAAGAACUUUACACAAGCAGAGGUUACCAGUUUUGUAGGGGGCAGAUAUUUAAAGGAAUUCCAGCAAAUAAGUUGAAGAGAGAUUUUUGUACGCGUGAGCAGUGAAAAUCAGGCUGCACCAUGUACCUGGAUGAAAUUGGUUUGUAAGUAUAUAACAAGUGAACUUCAUGGUCUUAGGUCUUUUUUCAUCCGAGUAACAAUGUAUCACCAGUCCAGGCUGGAUCACAGAACUCCUCAAGUGCUCUCCUCCACAUCAAUAGAAAGUGACAGGGCAUACAUGGACAACUCACUAUUUAAAGAGGUGUUUUUCCGGUAUUUUUCAACUGAUGACCUCUCCUCCUGAAAGGUCUUCAGUAUCUGAUCUGUGAGGGUCCAACACCCAGGACCCCUGCCGACCAGCUGUUUGAGAAGGCACCGGUGCAUACAGUAAAUCUAGAUAGGUCAUUAGUUAAUUAAUCCUGAAAAACCGCUUUACGGUCCAUUCAGACUUCCGAAAGUGUUUUGCGGUCCGCAAAUUGCGGAUCCACAAAACACUGGACCGCACAUGGCCGGCACCCCAAUAGAAAUGCCUUUUCUUGUCCGUGUCUGCGGACAAGAAUAGGACAUGCUCUAUUUUUUGCGGGGCUGCGGAACGGGAGUGCGGAUGCGGACAGCACGCAUCUGCACUUGCGGAACGGAUCUGGACCAAUUCAUACGGACGUGUGAAUGGACCCUAAACCUCAGCAUCCAGAUUUCUACCAGUCAUGUGGAUCCUACAUCAAGGACACAUGACUGAACAUUCAUACUGACAAUUAGGAAUAUUCUCAUUUGAUCCAAUCUUAAAGGGGUAUUCCCACCUCAGACAACAGGGGCAUAGUGCUAGGAUAUGCCCCUAUUGUUUGAUAGGUGUGGGUCUCACUUCUGGGACCUACAUGUAAGGCUGGAUUUCCGUGUCCAUGUGCUGACCGUGAUAUCCAUCCGCAUUACUUAGGUUUCCCUAUGGUUGGGCCAUGACACAGCAGAGUAAUAUGUAUUGUUAGCACGGACACGCGCAUCCGGCCCAAUGUGUAAUGCUUGUAUAUAUGGCUCAGUGUAAUGUGUACAAAAAGCGUUUCAUUAGAAGACACCCAAUCAAG